GCAGCGGAGAGAGACCCGACAGCAGAGCAGCAGAAUCAUGAAGGCACUGAGUGUCCUACACCGGGCUGCGAACACCCUGCUCAGCCAUCCCGGGGACCGGGGAACUCUACUGACAAGGUGUGGGAUAAGCGGCGCCUCGACGUUAAAUAACAAGAUCCAGCCAGGGUUCGGUCUGCUGUUUGACAUUGAUGGGGUGCUGGUCCGGGGGAAGACUCCUAUUCCAGCUGCUAAAAAGGCCUUCCAGAAGUUGGUGGACUCCAGAGGACAGUUCUUGGUUCCUGUGGUGUUCGUCACCAACGCUGGAAACUGUCUCCGUCAGAAGAAGGCUGAUCAACUGUCUCAAAUACUGGGAGUGCCUAUCUCCCAGGACCAGGUGAUGCUGUCUCACAGUCCUCUCAGGAUGUUCACGAAGUACCAUGAGAAAUGUGUUCUGGUGUCAGGACAAGGACCUGUACUGGAUAUCGCUAACAAUCUAGGCUUCCAGAAUGUGGUGAGCAUCGACAUGUUGAGAGAAUACUUCCCCCUGCUGGAUAUGGUGGACCACAACAGACGACCCAAACUACCAUCUUCACCUAUUGUGAAUCUCCCUAUAGUUCAAGCGGUCAUCCUGUUCGGCGAGCCAAUCCGAUGGGAGAGCAACCUGCAGCUAAUCAUUGAUGUGUUGCUGACCAAUGGGAGCCUGGGUAACGCCCAUGAGAUGCGUCACUCCUCCCACCUGCCGCUGCUGGCCUGUAACAUGGACCUGAUGUGGAUGGCCGAGGCCCAGUCUCCACGGUUUGGCCACGGGAUGUUCCUUGUGUGUCUGGAGAACAUCUACAGGAAGAUAACGGGUCAGGAGCUGAAGUACGAAGCUCUGAUGGGGAAACCUUCUGAACUAACAUAUCACUUCGCUGAGUACCUCAUCAGGGAGCAGGCUGCAGAGAGAGGCUGGAGGACACCUAUAAGAACACUCUACGCUAUCGGAGACAACCUGAUGACAGAUAUCUAUGGAGCCAACCUGUAUAACCGCUAUCUGGAGGAAAGGGUCCGGACCAGGCAGACUGCUGCCCAAGUCGUGCAGGCCACGGUGGAGGGUACAGGGGGCGGAGGGUCCCCUAAAGCCCUUCUCCAGGACCAGGACAUGGAGAGUGCCUUGGAGAGCGAGCUGGCCUCCCCCUCCGCCACCUCCUGUAAAUCCCUGCUGGUAUGUACCGGUGUCUAUAACCCCCACAGCGAGGUGCCGGCUGAUGCCAGCCACAGCAUCACCGAGACUGUGUUCCAUGGUCACCGGGACUUCCGCUUCGACCCGGCCCUGAUGGAACCAGGACACAUCGUAGAGGACGUACACAACGCUGUGGAACUCAUCUGUCAACAGGAGAACUUUGUUUCUACUAGGCAUUGACCUGUAGAAUAGCAUUAGAGUUGUAUAACUUUGUACGUCCAAAAUUACCCUAUUCCCUGUGUAGUUCAAAAGAUAGGGAAUAUGGUGCCAUUUCAUAUUUGUAUAUCACAUCCCAGUGAGGAUGGUUUCAGGGUUAAAAACUGAGGAAGUAGAAACAGUAGAAAUAGUAGAGUCUGAGACUGUAGAAACAGUAGUCUGAGACUGUAGAAACAGUAGUCUGAGACUGUAGAAACAGUAGAGUCUGAGACUGUAGAAACAGUAGUCAGACUGUAGAAACAGUAGUCUGAGACUGUAGAAACAGUAGAGUCUGAGACUGUAGAAACAGUAGUCUGAGACUGUAGAAACAGUAGUCAGACUGUAGAAACAGUAGAGUCUGAGACUGUAGAAACAGUAGAGUCUGAGACUGUAGAAACAGUAGUCAGACUGUAGAAACAGUAGUCUGAGACUGUAGAAACAGUAGAGUCUGAGACUGUAGAAACAGUAGAGUCUGAGACUGUAGAAACAGUAGAGUCUGAGACUGUAGAAACAGUAGAGUCUGAGACUGUAGAAACAGUAGUCUGAGACUGUAGAAACAGUAGUCUGAGACUGUAGAAACAGAAUAAACAGUAGUCUGAGACUGUAGAAACAGUAGUCUGAGACUGUAGAAACAGAAUAAACAGUAGUCUAAGACUGUAGAAACAGUAGUCUGAGACUGUAGAAAAAGUAGUCUGAGACUGUAGAAACAGUAGAGUCUGAGACUGUAGAAACAGAAUAAACAGUAGUCUGAGACUGUAGAAACAGAAUAAACAGUAGUCUGAGACUGUAGAAACAGUAGUCGGAGACUGUAGAAACAGUAGAAACAGUAGUCUAAGACUGUAGAUACAGUAGAGUCUGAGACUGUAGAAACAGUAGUCAGACUGUAGAAACAGUAGUCUGAGACUGUAGAAACAGUAGAGUCUGAGACUGUAGAAACAGUAGAGUCUGAGACUGUAGAAACAGUAGAGUCUGAGACUGUAGAAACAGUAGAAACAGUAGUUUGAGACUGUAGAUCAGAAGAAACAGUAGUCUAAGACUGUAGAUACAGUAGAGUCUGAGACUGUAGAAACAGUAGAGUCUGAGACUGUAGAAACAGUAGUCUGAGACUGUAGAAAAAGAAUAAACAGUAGUCUGAGACUGUAGAAACAGUUGAGUCUGAGACUGUAGAAACAGAAGAAACAGUAGUCUAAGACUGUAGAAACAGUAGUCUGAGACUGUAGAAACAGUAGAGUCUGAGACUGUAGAAACAGUAGAGUCUGAGACUGUAGAAACAGUAGUCUGAGACUGUAGAAACAGUAGUCUGAGACUGUAGAAACAGUAGUCUGAGACUGUAGAAACAGAAUAAACAGUAGUCUGAGACUGUAGAAACAGUAGUCUGAGACUGUAGAAACAGUAGAGUCUGAGACUGUAGAAACAGAAUAAACAGUAGUCUGAGACUGUAGAAACAGAAUAAACAGUAGUCUGAGACUGUAGAAACAGAAUAAACAGUAGUCUGAGACUGUAGAAACAGUAGUCUAAGACUGUAGAUCAGAAGAAACAGUAGUCUAAGACUGUAGAUACAGUAGAGUCUGAGACUGUAGAAACAGUAGAGUCUGAGACUGUAGAAACAGUAGUCUGAGAAUGUAGAAACAGUAGAGUCUGAGACUGUAGAAACAGUAGAGUCUGAGACUGUAGAAACAGUAGAAACAGUAGUUUGAGACUGUAGAUCAGAAGAAACAGUAGUCUAAGACUGUAGAUACAGUAGAGUCUGAGACUGUAGAAACAGUAGAGUCUGAGACUGUAGAAACAGUAGAGUCUGAGACUGUAGAAACAGAAGAAACAGUAGUCUAAGACUGUAGAAACAGUAGAGUCUGAGACUGUAGAAACAGUAGAGUCUGAGAAUGUAGAAACAGAAUAAACAGUAGUCUGAGACUGUAGAAACAGUUGAGUCUGAGACUGUAGAAAGAGAAGAAACAGUAGUCUAAGACUGUAGAAACAGUAGAGUCUGAGACUGUAGAAACAGCAGUCUGAGACUGUAGAAACAGAAGAAACAGUAGCCUAAGACUGUAGAAACAGUAGAGUCUGAGACUGUAGAAACAGUAGAGUCUGAGACUGUAGAAACAGUAGAGUCUGAGACUGUAGAAACAGUAGUCUGAGACUGUAGAAACAGUAGUCUGAGACUGUAGAAACAGUAGAGUCUGAGACUGUAGAAACAGUAGUCAGACUGUAGAAACAGUAGUCUGAGACUGUAGAAACAGUAGAGUCUGAGACUGUAGAAACAGUAGUCUGAGACUGUAGAAACAGUAGUCAGACUGUAGAAACAGUAGUCUGAGACUGUAGAAACAGUAGUCAGACUGUAGAAACAGUAGUCUGAGACUGUAGAAACAGUAGAGUCUGAGACCGUAGAAACAGUAGAGUCUGAGACUGUAGAAACAGUAGAGUCUGAGACUGUAGAAACAGUAGAGUCUGAGACUGUAGAAACAGUAGAGUCUGAGACUGUAGAAACAGUAGUCUGAGACUGUAGAAACAGAAUAAACAGUAGUCUGAGACUGUAGAUACAGUAGAGUCUGAGACUGUAGAAACAGUAGAGUCUGAGACUGUAGAAACAAUAGUCUGAGACUGUAGAAACAGUAGAGUCUGAGACUGUAGAAACAGUAGUCUGAGACUGUAGAAACAGUAGAGUCUGAGACUGUAGAAACAGUUGAGUCUGAGACUGUAGAAAUAGUAGAGUCAGACUGUAGAAACAGUUGAGUCUGAGACUGUAGAAAUAGUAGAGUCUGAGACUGUAGAAACAGUAGAGUCUGAGACUGUAGAAACAGUAGAGUCUGAGACUGUAGAAACAGUAGUCUGAGACUGUAGAAACAGAAUAAACAGUAGUCUGAGACUGUAGAAACAGAACAAACAGUAGUCUGAGACAGUAGAAACAGUAGUCUGAGACUGUAGAAACAGUAGAGUCUGAGACUGUAGAAACAGUAGUCUGAGACUGUAGAAACAGUAGAGUCUGAGACUGUAGAAACAGUAGAGUCUGAGACUGUAGAAACAGUUUAAUCUGAGACUGUAGAAACAGUAGAGUCUGAGACUGUAGAAACAGUAGAGUCUGAGACUGUAGAAACAGUAGUCUGAGACUGUAGAAACAGUUGAGUCUGAGACUGUAGAAACAGUAGAGUCUGAGACUGUAGAAACAAUAGAGUCUGAGACUGUAGAAACAGUUUAAUCUGAGACUGUAGAAACAGUUUAAUCUGAGACUGUAGAAACAGUUUAGUGUGAGACUGUAGAGAGUAGAAACAUAGUUCUUGAAAUUUUCCAGAUUGACUGACCUUCAUGUCUUAAAGUAAUGAUGGACUGUCGUUUCUCUUUGCUUAUUUGAGCUGUUCUUGCCAUAAUGUGGACUUGGGUCUUUUACCAAAUAGGGCUA